CUUCCGUCCUUCUCUCCCUCAACCCCCCCCUUUUUGCGCCUCCCUCCCUCUCCCUCCCUCUUCCUCCCUCUUCUCAUCCUUUUCGGCUUCCCUACCCCGCACGCAUCUGUCCUUUCUUGUUUCGUCGUCGUCGGCUUUGGAGGUCUUGUCUUGGAGUCGGCUUCGACGCCUUGAGCUUAUUCUUCUCCUUUUCUUGGAGUCUCUCGUCAGGUUUAGCUGUUGUGCAGGGAGGGCUCCUCCGUUUUGCCGAUUCGUGCAUCAUGUCUCGUGUGUACGUCGGUAACUUGGACCCGCGGGCUACCGAGAGGGAGCUGGAGGAUGAGUUUCGAGUUUACGGUGUGCUACGCAGUGUGUGGGUUGGCCGCAAACCGCCGGGCUUUGCUUUUAUCGAAUUUGAAGAUCGAAGAGAUGCAGAUGAUGCCAUUCGUGCCUUGAAUGGUAAGAAUGGUUGGCGAGUUGAGCUUUCUCGGAGCUCAGGCGGAGGCGGUGGGCCCCGCGGUCGUGGAGGAGAUGAUAUGAAAUGUUAUGAAUGUGGAGAGCCUGGUCAUUUUGCACGAGAGUGUCGUCUUCGUAUUGGGGCUGGAGGUUUGGGUACUGGAGGCCGUGGUAAGAGCCCUCGUGCUAGCCCAAGAUAUCGUCGCAGCCCAAGUUAUGGUGCCCGAAGCCCACGAUAUCGACGCAGUCCAAGCUAUGGUUACGGCGCUCGAAGUCCACCAGCUCGAGGAAGGAGCAAAUCUUCGCCACGCCUUAGAAGUGUUUCGCCUGUUGCCCGCCGCGGCCGAAGCCCUAGCCGUUCGCCACCACCCAGACGUGAUCGCCGCGGUUCCCCAGUAGGCAAUGGGUAUGCUGCGUCACCUAGACGGGACCGUCGUGGGUCCCCAGUUGUUAAUGGGAGCCCAAUAGCAGCUCGGGAUCGCCGUAGGAGCAGGAGCAGAAGUCCUUGAAGAUACUUUUCUGAAGUUUUUGAUGCAAUUUAUGCUCCCUUGAAGUUCUGGAGUUAGUCUGUCAGGAAACAGUCUUUUCUGCAUCUGCUGUCUGCACUUUCACGCCCUCGCAGGUCCUAGAGCGCAUGCUGAGGUGGGCUUGGUACUAAUUUUUGAGUUGUCAUGAGCUCGCGAUACUAGACAUGUGAAAGCUUUGGACCUCUCCUUCAAAUUUUGCUGACUGCUUCAGUAGAACAAUCCUGUGCCGAAGCUUCAGCUACCACCGACCUGUGUUCUUUUCUAUUGGUUGUUGUUUUUAUUGAUAUUGUCAACGGAUGGAACAUUGUUCUCGUAUGAUUGAAGAUGCUGUAACAUUCGUAAAUAUUUUGCGGUGGAUGUCUGAAAUCAAUUGUUUUGUCCCGUCAUGAGGAUUAUAAACUUACCAUGGCAUUGUGCCAUUCGUUGGUGUUUUGUGAGGUGUGGUUGCCUGAAACGGCAGGGCACGACAUUAUUCUGCUCUGCUCUUCCUCCUGGCUUCCACGAUAUACUGCAUGUUCUGCUCUGCUCUGCUCUGCUCUGCUCUUCCUCCUGGCUUCUGCGAUAUACUUCAGAGUUUCCCUCAGUCUUUUGGGUGUCAUUUGCCUGCAUCGUUUUCAUCGCAUGUUUGCUCGGCUCAUCCGGCAAUGUCGGUGCUUCUGGCUUCUGGGAAGGUUGUUGAAAUCUGCAUAACAUGUGGCUUCUUAAGAUCACCAGCUCGCUUCUCAGUUCAAGUCUGGACGAAGAGUUCUUCUCAAAGCUCUUACGUGGACUAAACACGGCAGGAAACGUGUAUAUGAAGGAUAUUUGAAGCCUGUUAUCACGAACUGAUCUGCAUCUGCAUCCUCUACGUUUAGCUACUUUUUUGCAGUUCAAAUGGAGAUCUGCUGUUUUCGAAGAACUGUCUUUGGACCUUCCCUUAUUUUUAGCUCUACCCAAUCCAUUAUGUUAUGACUGAUGUGUUAGUGACAAGUUCCUUAGCGGAGCAUAUCCUGUGCUUUAGGUUGCAUUAUCUCAUUCGUAAUAAAAUAUAAAUCUAAUCGUUCAUUUAUAAUUA